GAGACUAUGUAGUCAUGUCUGUUUACUUUAACCUGAGCAGGAGAAUGGGUUAUUUCACUAUCCAGACCUACAUUCCCUGCACACUUAUUGUUGUAUUGUCCUGGGUCUCUUUCUGGAUUAAUAAGGAUGCAGUUCCAGCCAGAACAUCACUGGGUAUUACAACUGUCCUGACAAUGACCACCCUAAGUACAAUUGCUCGUAAAUCUCUUCCCAAAGUCUCCUAUGUGACAGCAAUGGAUCUUUUUGUGUCAGUCUGCUUUAUUUUUGUUUUCUCUGCACUGGUGGAAUAUGGAACUUUACACUACUUUGUCAGCAACAGAAAGCCAAGCAAGGAUAAAGACAAAAAGAAGAAAAAUCCACUUCUUCGGAUGUUUUCCUUCAAGGCACCUACAAUUGACAUUCGGCCUCGAUCAGCUACUAUUCAAAUGAACAAUGCUACACACCUGCAAGAAAGGGAUGAAGAAUAUGGAUAUGAGUGUCUUGAUGGCAAGGACUGUGCCAGUUUUUUUUGCUGCUUUGAAGAUUGUCGAACAGGAGCAUGGAGGCACGGAAGAAUACAUAUUCGGAUUGCCAAAAUGGACUCCUAUGCCCGCAUCUUCUUCCCAACUGCCUUCUGUUUGUUUAAUCUGGUGUAUUGGGUAUCAUAUCUUUACCUUUAAAAGCAGAAGGAAAUCAGUGAUAUGAGCCUUACUCACUGAAUUUCUUGGAGAGAUGGUUUCCUAAGUCCACUUGAAGUAUUCACAAUGCGCUUUAUAGUGGUCUGAAUUCUUUAGUGCCAUAACCCAGUAAAUAUCAAUCAUAUCAUUUCUCCAAAAAUUGCCAUCAGGUUAUUGUGAAUUAAAUGUCCAUUCAACAUGCUGAAAUAAUUUGAAAUAAAAAUCAUAUAAACAGGUAAUAUGCAGCUGUACCUGCUGGAACAGAGAGAAACGGAGCAGACAGGGCAAGGGGAGCAUGGCAGCAUAACAUAAUAGUUGGUACUACUAUUUCAAACAGGAGUGAGAGAGAGGAGAAUUCCCAGGUAGAGUGCUGUACAGUUU